AUGCCAGCCUUUCAGGCCAUCAACGUCGAGAUCGAGGAAAACAUCGAGGAUGAGCUCGAUACCCUCAAAGAACUACAGGUCGAUGAUGCCCUCAAGGUCUUCCAGACAGCCUUGAAGCUGCAUGCCCAGGGCCCCAGCGGAUUCGAAGGCGCGGAGAAAGCCUACGAAGACUUAUUCAAGUCAGAGAUAUUCAAAUACCCCGAAGCCGCCACCGAAUACGAUCGCGUCGAGCGUCAACCCGAACAGCUCCUACCGACCGCUACGACUGCCCCGGUUACCGUCCUACCCGAGCUCACAGUCUCCGCCGCCGAUGUCGACGGUACCGGGACUAGCUUACCGCAGACCCUAUAUCUAGCGCAUAAGAAUCGUGGCCAGCUUGCCAUUGAUCAGCUUCGGCAUGGAUCGCGCAGGAACAAGAAAGCCACCGAGGAAUAUUUUCUUCGCCCCGACGUGAGGGACCGUGCGAGAAUCGCCCUCACCGAUUUCUAUUCAGCUCUCGACAGAGACCCCUCCGAUGCCGAGCUCUGGCGACGAACAGCCCGCGUAGCCUCCUUCCUUAAGAGUGCCCGAACGAGUCGAUAUUGCCUUGAAGCUGCGAUAGAGCUAGAGGACGACCCAACUGUUGUCGAGGUUCAGCCCCCGUCACUUGUCGAAGGCUUGGCUGGUCAGCAAUUGAAGAAUGAGCUCGAGCUUCUAUCUGAUGAAAUCGCCUUAUCCCACCCCGUCGUGGAGCCGUGGAUCGACCAGGAGAUACCCGAGUUCCAGCCUCCAGGGGCUCGCUUCGACCGCUCUACCGCAACACGGGAGCGGGUCGUCAUCAAGGUCCCCAAUCCAUCGUGGAAGGAUGUAGGGGUGGCGCUUGUGGCCUUUGUCGUCAAGGAAGGCUUGACGGGUGAUGCCAUCGAGCUCGAUAUCGAAGGUUUGCCCGAAGAAGAGGAAGAAGAAGAGGAAGAGGAAGAAGUGGAGCCGGCACAGAAGGGAGAGGUAGAAGAUGAGGAUGACGUCGACAUGAUUGCCGCCCCGACAUCUGUGGAUGGCGACCAAACUGUAGAAAGUGGGCGCGACUCGCCCUCCGCUCAGCUCCAGGCGGAGGUCGCUACCCCGGAGGCCAUUUCCCCGCCGUCUCCCACCACCAACGGCCAACCCCGGCCGAGGAGGCCACGGAGACGAGAGACGAGGAGCAGCGGCCGUAGCUUGUCGCGAAGCCGGAAGCGUUCCCAGUCCGCUGCAGGUGUCGGUGAGAAUGGGCCAGAGGAAGACAACGGGGUAGAGAAGCGAAGUAAGAGGACACGUCGGAGAGAUACGGCUGCCGAAGAAGUUGUCGACCCCAGCGCUCUAUAUGCCUCUAAAAUUGCAGAGUACCAAGCCGCGGACAAGCAUCUCUUCCAGCUGACGAAGGAUAUCCUCGAAAAUCUCGGCGUGACUGAUGCCGCGAGCAUCGAUGCCAUUGGCCAAGUUCUCGAGUCUUGCGAUUCCGAAGAUAGGUUGGCCAAGUUGACCAGCCUGGCUGCCACAGAUCUCCGCGUGUCUCUCACCUCGUUUAAAGAAGCCAACGCCAAGAUCUUGUCUGGCAAGAAGGACCAACCCUCCUUGAGCCUCACUUCCUUUUUAGAGCAUGCCAAGGGUGCAACGGAGAAAACAUCCCCUACUCCGGCAUUCGACGAAUCCCACGGCCUAUCGUCCUUUGCCCGACGCGUUCGGGCAGGCUGGAUGACCAUCCACGACGUCGUUUUCGAGUGGGUCAAGCGCAUCGCCGAGAGCUACCUAACGUCGGAGUGGUCGGAGGAGAUGAAGGUGGCAGUCGUGCAGGUCAUUAGCCGGUUUGACGCCGAAAUUUACAAGCGCGUGGUUGACGAGCUCUCUGCCAUACCCCAGCAAGGUGAUGGGGCCAGUUCGGGACUCGGGUCUUUGGACGGGCUCGUGGAAAUGCUCUUUGAGCUUCACCUCGACGUUUACGAGCGCAUUAUCAAUCCAAACAGUAUCGUCGAAUACAGUGUUCGCCUAGAGACCCGAGGACGUCUUGAGCGCUGGCAGGACCUGGCCUCAUCGGUCAUUCGCAUGAGCCCGAGAAUGAAUACCGAUCCCAUCUGUCUCCGUUUUAUCUGGGCUUCAAUCUUCUCCACGGCGAUUCUAGAAGCGGACGUACGGCGGGAGCACAUUCUGCAGUGCUAUACGAGUUUCCGCGAUUUGAUGGCGUCUGAUGACUGCCCGCAGAUCCACCUACCGAACAACGCCGUCAUACCACUCAUUUCACCGACCGCGGCCGAGCGUGAGAUUUCUAAACUCACAACCAUGGACUUCUUCUUGAGUCUCUUCCAGGAUGAGAUGGAUGACCCCAUAUCCGUUAUCGAGAGCCUCGAGCCCGUCCUCAAUCCUUCGUCCGUCUUUGUGCGGGUGGAUGAGCCAAAGACGCCCAGCGGGGACGAAAUGACGGAUGAUGAAGAACCCACUUUAAUCCCUAUCACGGAGUGUGCUAGCCAAGAGCUGCUCGACCUUUGGAAGUUUCUUCAAAGCAGUAAUACAGAAUUGCGUCUCUUCCUCUGGUCGAGACUGAGCGAGGCAUACGGAGCCAUCAAGUACGCAACAAAACAGUUUUCGUGCCGUUUGCGUAGUAUCGAGAUGAUUGUCGAAGACUUGGCAAGUGAAGCAUACCUGAAAACUCCGGAUGAGUCGCGCCCGGUGCUGCUCAUGAAGUUACUCAAGUCGCUGGACGAGUUGCUCAUCAUGGCCCUCACCCUUGCCCUCAAUGAAUCGGCUGCUUUCGAAAUCAUCGACGAGGCUCACCUGAGGACUGCUGCAUCGACCCUGGCGAGGGUCAACGCGCUUCUCCACACGACCGCGAUAUGCGAAGAUGAGAUGCGCAUCGCCUCCACCCUUCCUUCCCCUACAAGUACUUCUGCUCUGCAGCUUUACCUCAACAAGCUACGCGAGAUGCAGGUCAGGACUUGGUGCUUGCAGUACACUGUAUUGAGGGCCGGUAUACAGCUGCACCCCGGGAUCUUCACCAGCCCGGACAGUGACCGCGCAGAAUUCUUGGCGGCCGUGCACCAGGUUGUCGGCAUCCGCAAGUUCUGCAAAGCCUCGAACAAGAUCUUCCUUAAGAUGAUGAGGGUUGAGCUCUUGAAGAUUGAGACGAUUGACAAUUGGGAGGACUAUCUUGGACAAGUUCUCUUCGAUCUCCAUGGGCUAAAGCUUGGCGUCGGCAUGUGGGAAGUGGAAGAUCACCAAUGCCCUCCCGAGAAAUUGGAAAAGAGAACCACCAUACAGCUGGUUGAGCGCAUAACUAUUCUCGCUAGCCGUAUGCCGAUCAAGGAACUCCUGAAAUCAGAUCUCAAGGUCACAAUUGAGCGGAUGCAGCAGACCAUGGGCCAGACCAAGUCGACCCCGCAAAUGAUACACAAUCUACGAAAUUUCACCGAAUUUCUCAAGAAACCUAUUCACCCGUUGCGGUUGUACGAGGCAACCAAGGGGAACAUUGCCCUGGACGCCAAGGCAGACGCCAGGCGCGACGGACGACUUGCGAAUCGGGGCAACAUUUAUGCGACUGCAGCUCCAGUUCACCCCGGAAAGUGGGAUGCCUGGUUCCGCUUGGCCGAGUGCUUUGACUAUGAGCUGGACGAGGCGGUGCUCUGGACGGCGGACAAGAUGAACAAGGACCGGGGCGAGCUCGUUAAGCUCCAGCGCAGCGCUAUCCACUGCUACACCUUGGCGCUGUCCAACUCGCGCCACAUUGACCCGGAGGGCGAGGAGGCGGAUGCCCUGUACGAGCUCCACCACGGCUUCGGAAUGAGGAUGUACGCGUCGAGCCGGGAGCCCUUUGCCAUGGAGGCUUUCCACCACAGCGACCAGGUACGCUUCUUCAUCGCUAACAACUCGGGCACGUACCAGCGGUCGGUCCACGACGAGAUGGGCGAGUACCAGGUGUGGAAGUUUGCGUCUUUCCUGUUCCGGAAAGCGAUGAAAAUGCGACCGAAGGACUGGAAGAAUUCGUACAUGUACUCCAAGUGCUUGUGGAAGAUGUACCAAAAGCGGGAGAAGGACAAGGACCAGGAUAAGGACAAGGACCACGAUCAGGACCAGGAGCGAGACCAGGAACAUGAUCAGGAUCAGGACGCGGACCAGGACCAGGACAAAGAUAAGGACGGGUCCAAAGCCAGGCUUAGACAGCUCGUUCGAGCUCUCAAGGAGGCGGUCCGGAUUGUGGCAGCAAUCCCCAAGUCCCGCCACAGCGAGCCGAUCCUCGAACCACACUACAAAAUGCUCUCCAUCAUGCACAAACUCGUACUCAAGGGCGACAUGUUGGGCAGCAAGGCGGCCGAAAUACUCUCGGAGCAGCCAUUUGGUAUCCACCACGCCGAAGACGACAACAUGGAUGACAACGACAACUGGGAGGAGUAUGUGAUCAAGAGCUUGCGCUACUUACGCGACAAGGACAAGUCCAACUGGCAGCACAGGCUGAUUAUGCGCCACGCCCGUAUCCUCUUUGACGACUCGGGGGCGGAGACGUCAAAUCCGGAGUACAUACAGACCAUGGUCAUGAACGUGUGGAAGUGUGAUGCGGAACGCGCGGGACGACAUCACGUCUUCACCGAGCAGUAUGUUCGGUUCGUGGUCAAACUACUGCUCGUGCUAGAGGACCGUGUCAAUCUAGAAGCGCUUCUCAGGAGGAUCCGGAAGAAGGGAGCAGAUUUUUAUCACUUCAACGACCUCUGGGCGAGCUGUUGCACGGCCUACAUCAAGCUGCUACGGAGAACAAGCAACGUCACGCCUACGCUAGAAGAUGCUUUCAAGUCGGUUGUCCUGGACGAGUUUGAGGGUAACACGGAGCACGUGCUGGAAUGGGCUCGAACGGAGCCUGAAGCACCGGUUCUCAGUUGUCUGAGAGACACGAUUGAGCUCAAGAAGUUGAAUGCGAACUUGAUGAAGGUGACGGUGAUCGACGACCUGAUUAGCGACUGCUACACGAUGAUUUAUCUCGAGGCGCGGCCCAACGUGGAGACUUUUAGCACGGAGACGGCCGAGGCGUCGCGGGCGCAGAGCCCGGACACUACGACUGCCGACGAGGAAAUGAAGUUGGAUUCCGCCAAAGACGAAGGGUCCGAGGAAGGAGACAACGCCGCCGACAAGAAGGACACGUCGCUUCGCAGCGUCCUGGGCGCGCCGGUCGGGGCGAAGGGCAAUGAAGAGGACGCUACGAUGGACAUGGACGAGGACCCGGCAGAGGGCGAAGACAAGGCGGCGGACACCCCUGCUGCGGCGCCCGUCGCAGAGACAGCAUCGAAGCCUCGAAAGACUGGGAUCCGUAGACCGGAUAUCCUGCGGAAGGCGGAACACGUUAUUCUCAAGCUCCUCGACCCAAGCAAGCCGGAUGUCAAUGGUCCAUCUGGACCUGCCAAGUCUCGCGGAUUGUCUGUUGCCAGCGCGAAGAACAACGAAGUGGCGGCAGGCGGUGGCAGCGACGUAGAGAUGGAGGACGGCGAACCGACAAUACUAAAGGAAGACGAGGGCGGCGAGGAUGCGGAUGAAGAGGAAGAAGAGGGCGGAGAAGGAGAGGUGGAAGGCGACGACGGGGCAGGGGAAGACGCGGACGACGAGGGUGGCCAGGAAACGGAGCUGCUCUCUUCGCCCCUCGGCAGCCUGCAUGAUUCGGCGGACGAGAGCGAUUUGACGGAUGUGCCGCCCGAUUCUGACGAUGAAGAAGGGCCUGGCGACGAGCAGGAAAACGAUGAAGAAGAGGAUCAGGAGCUGGAGGAAGAGGAAGGUGAUGAAGAUGAAAAAGAAGACGAGGAGGGAGGGGAAGAUGAGGUAGAAGAGGAGGAGGAGGAGGAGGAGGAGAAGGUGGAGGAGGAAGAGAAGGAGGAAGAAAAGGAAGAGGAAAAGGAAGAGGAGGUACCACCUCCGGUCGAGGAAAAGAAGCCGACCAAAUCGCGGAGGGCGAGGAAGGCUGCACCGGCCUUGAUGUUCCCUAAUCUACGGAGGAGCUCCGAGGCCAAGGCGGCCAAGGCCGAAGACGAAGGCGGGGAUACGGCAGACUGA